AUGGGACAGCAAAUUUUGAAUUGUAAUUUCAAAUUUCCAGAGGAUUGUGCACUUCCCAAUUCAAACUCAGUAGUACCACAUGUAGUACUUGGUGAUCAAGCAUUUAGAUUGCAUAUAUUACGACCAUUUUCACAAAAAUCAGCAAGAAGAGAUAGUGGAAAAACUAUAUUUAAUUAUCGUCUCAGUCGUGCUAGACGAGUAACAGAAAAUGCGUUUGGUCUGUUGAGUCAGAUAUUUAGAGUGUUCUAUCGACCAAUAAAUAUCAAUCCAAGUACAUGCGAUGACUUGAUAGUUGUAGCAUGUUGUUUGCAUAACAUGUUACGGGAUGCCUACUUAGAAAAAAAUGAAAAAGUAUACCAUCAAUUGGAUUCAGAAUAA